CGUAAUUGUUAGUCGACAAACAAUAUCAUUACAGUGUAAGUGCCCGAGCUGAAGACACUGGACAGAAAGUCACUGGUUUUGUGUUUCUCUUUUUGAGACAUGUCUGUUCUGCGGGUGUGCUCCUCAGUCAGCAGACAUGUGCUCUGUAAGAAUCCAGCUGUGGAACCGCUGUUCACAGGGUGUUCCCGGACAGCAAGCGGAGUGGUGAAGGACACGGAGCCGUUGAAGAAGGCCAAAACCCCGCAGGGACGGUUUGACAGCCUCGAGGAGAAGAGCAAAGAUGUUCUAGAAAAGUUCCCUGAUGAUGUGAACCCUGUGACCAAGGAGAAAGGAGGUCCACGGGGUCCAGAGCCAACUCGCUACGGAGACUGGGAGAGGAAGGGCCGGUGUGUGGACUUCUAGUUCAUCUGUAAAUCUGAAAUGUAUCAUAUGUGUUAUGGAUGUGUACUGUAAAUCAGUCACACGCUAUCCAACAGUUUUACUGUACAGGUAAAUGCCUUCAUAUCAGAAUGAGGCAAAGGGUGAUGCUGUUUUUGUACUCUUCAUCGCUGGUGUUGAGAUUCAGAAAUGACACCAAAUGGCAUACUGAUACAGUUUGGAUAUGUGUGAGACCAUGAGUGGGUUUCCAUGUUGUCUUUAAUCGUGAUGGAGAAGCAGGAACAAUCAAGUCUCCAAAUUAAAGUAAUAAACAGAGACGAUCAGCAGAGCUAUGACUACAGAGGCACUUCUGUUCUGGCUAAUUAAUUUACAUGUUGAUAGAGGAAUGCCUCUAUCAACAUGUAAAUUAAGAACACACACUCUCAUUGUGUUUGCUGUGUCUGAAUCAUUGUCAUACCAUACAGAGCGCUAACUGAACACUCAGAUCUUUCUUGAAUUUUGAUUUAAGAACAAUUAUACAAGAAAAAUCACCAAAUAUCAAUUGAAGUCAUUAAAAAGAGACUUUAAGUGUAAACAUAGCAUGAGCCAAUGAGCUACAGCAGCUCAUAAUCAUCACUAGCUCAGUGGGGUCUAACUAAAACAAAAGAAAAUCAGUUACAUAUUUGUUCAAAGAUGAGUUUGCACAUUGAUGGUGUUCAGCUGUGAAAGAGACAUAACUGCCUGUCCUGUCCUCAUGGAUGAAUGUUCAAAUUAAUAAAUGUAAAAUGAAUUUCAUUCACAACUCCA